GCUCAGCGCUGUGUAGAAGUGUAAACACGCGGCGCCCCGGUCACGUGCGCAGUAAGGUGGGGCACCGAGUUGAUGAAAACACGACAAAGGGGCUGACUGUUCCCAAUCAUGUCCCACUGCUCACAUGACAUUCAUCUGAGACUCUGUGAUGCGUCGACUGGGUCAGCUAGCUUCUUUGCCUUUGCAGAGGCAAGUGACAUGGGGCGUGUCCCAGAGCUCAAAGGUGCUUCUUGGGCAAAGAAGAUUCCUGGCAGUUUCUGCUGCGCAAGUGAAGGAGCUGAGAGAUAGAACAGGUGCUUCCAUGGGCAAGCCACUGCCUCAGAAUUGCCACCGCCCACAGCAUUGGUGCUAUUUGUCUUGCGAAAACAGGUGCCGGGAAGCACUGAAGGAGGAAGGCGAUUUGGAGAAGGCGGUGGUUUGGCUGAAGAAGCGAGGCUUGCGAUCCAUGGAGAAGCGUGCGGCCGACUCCGACGAAGCCCUGCUCUCCUUGGGUUUAGCAGAAGCUGGAGCAAUUGUGGAGCUGAGAGCAGAGACCGACUUCGUGACAAGGAGCGAAGUUUUUCAGCAGACAUUGCGACACCUUGCCCACAUGAUGGCAGCAUCCCCAGAUGCUGCCAAAGAUCAGGCUCUGGAUAUGACAAUUCCAGAUGGACCUGAAAGACCUGCGCAGCUGCGAGCUGGUGCAACGCUUUCUGAGGCACUCUUGGAGCUUGGAAGCGUCUUGGGAGAGAAGCUGGUCCUUGGAAACGUUCAUGUUCUCUCCCCUCGACCUGGUGGGAUUGUGGCAGGCUAUGUGCAUCCGAAAUCAGCGGAUAGCAUGCGGGGCACUGGCCGCAUGGCUGGCUUGGUCUCUGUCAGAUCACCCGACAGUCAUAGCAGCGCUGAUGGCUUCCGAGCAAUGGCCAGCCGUUUGGCCAGACACAUCGUGGCGGCCCAGCCUCGAUUUCUGGACAUUGACCGCAUUCCUGUGGAGACCUUGCGGAAAGAACGCGAGGUCUUCAAGGCCGCUCAUUUGGCACAGCUGAAUCCAAGGAUGUCUGGCACCAUUGAUGACAAGGUCCUUCAGAAGGUGCUGGAUGGGAAGACGAUGAAGUUCUACCAGGAAUGUGUGUUGCUCUGCCAAGAACUCGUGAUGCCGCAGGUGUCCUCUGACAAAAAGGUCUUGCCUGUUGCAGAGUGGCUUGAGGCAGAAGCGCGAGAAUUGGGCGUGAGCCGCAUUCUGGUGGAGGACUUCAAACUUGCAGUGUUGUGAAGCAAAACAGAUCAGCCCGUCCAACAUAUUGGACUGGCCAACGUUUGCAGACACCGGCGCUGGUGUUUGUGCAAGCGAAAUACAGAUGGAUUAGCGUCGAACUCAAAA